UGUUACCCGAAUAUAUGGUUUGAUAAAGAUGCUGUUUCUGUUUCUCGUAGAUUGGUUCUGUCUGAAGAAGCUAUUUGAAGAUGGUGCGGUGAAGCGUGAGGAUUUGUGGAUUACUUCCAAACUCUGGUGUACUGAUCAUGCACCAGAAGAUGUACCAGAGGCAUUGGACAGGACUUUGAGAGACUUGCAGCUCGAUUAUGUUGACUUGUAUCUUCCUGCUGAAAAUUUGAACAUACACUGGCCAGCCAGGAUGAAGAAGGGGUCAGUAGGUUUUAAGCAUGAAAACCUUAUUGACCCAGAUAUCCCUGCAACUUGGAGAGCAAUGGAAUCACUCUAUGAUUCGGGAAGCAGCCACACUUAUACACCAACAAAUUUCUCUACAAACAAGCUGUCAGAUUUGCUGGAUAUUGCACGUGUUCCUCCUGCUGUUGACCAAGUGGAGUUUCAUCCUUCAUGGCAGCAGGCCAAGCUGCGUUCUUUCUGUAAAUCCAAGGGUGUUCAUCUUUCUGGAUAUUCACCACUGGGUUCUCCUGGAACAACAUGGAUUAAAAGCGAAGUCCUUAAGAAUCUAAUUCUUCUCACUGUUGCUGAGAAAUUAGGCAAAACUCCUGCACAAGUUGCUCUUAGAUGGGGACUGCAAAUGGGUCAUAGUGUUCUUCCUAAAUGUACUAAUGAAGCAAAGAUCAAGGAGAACCUUGAUGUUGGCUGGUCUAUCCCAGAGGACUUGUUUCCCAAGUUUUCUGAAAUUGAGCAGGCAAGGCUGAUCAGAGGGGGCUCGUAUGUUCAUGAUACUUUUGGUCCCUACAGGAGCAUAGAGGAGUUCUGGGAUGGUGAAAUCUAGAAAAUCACAUGAAUGUUUUUGUGAAAGAGAGUCUAGGAGCAUUUGUUACGCGAAAAAA